GGCUCGGCGAUAGAGGACGCAUUGAUCCCUCUUAACGUAUGUUUCAGUCUCUCGUUUGGCGCUUUGCUAUUGCAGAGGCGCCGGAGGGCUUUAUUAGGGUUUUUGAGUUGAGCUCUGUCGUCGUGGUUUCUCUUCCCCCACCGAAACCGCUGAUUCGUGGUCUGUAGUCGUCGGGGUCUAAAGCGCAAGUUCCUCGGAAUGGAGAUGGAAGAUGCUCCGAGCAAUUUCGACCCCCAAGAUCUCAGCAGCAGGGAGCAGUAUCGUCGCUACAGGAAAAGGCAAUCGACCUCAAAUAUUUCGCCACUCGUAGGACAUUCAGUGUCAAAGUUUUCUGAGGCAAGAUUGUUAUAUGAAGGAAACAAUAUUCAACGACGGCCUAACACCGCACUUCUCCUUGAAGAGAUCAAACAGGAAGUAGACAAUUUCGAUACUGAUGCUUCAUGGAAAAGACGAGCAUCAAUUGAUAGUCAUGCAGUGUCAGAAGUGAAAUUUGGUGAUUCAUUGCGCCAAGGAGUAAGCCAUGCGCUAAAAAUUGGCAAACAUGAAGAUGAGGCAUUACUAGAAGCUGGAGAGUCAACUUUUACAUUAUUUGCCUCUCUCCUAGACUCUGCACUUCAAGGGUUGAUGCCCUUUGCUGAUCUCAUUUUGCGUUUUGAGAAGGCAUGUCGGAGUGUCUCUGAGUCAAUCAGGUGUGGUAGUACUGGGAGGCACCGGGUGGUAGAGGACAGAAUCAUGCAGCAAAAGGCUCGUGUUUUGCUUGAUGAGGCAGCUUCUUGGUCACUUCUUUGGUAUCUCUUUGGAAAAGGAAAUGAAGAGCUUCCUGGAAACCUCCUUGUGACACCAACAACAUCACAUCAGGAAGCCUGCCGUUUUGUAAUGAUGGAUCAUACGGCACAACUAUGCCUUCGAAUUGUCCUUUGGCUAGAAGGUCUUGCCUCAGAAUCUCUUGAUUUAGCAAAGAAGGUGAGAGGGUCUCAUGUUGGCUCCUAUUUUCCAAGCUCUGGUGUUUGGCAUCAUACACAGAGGUAUUUAAAGAAAAUGAGUGGUGAUCCAGCGAUAGUUCAGCACAUGGAUUUUGAUGCCUCAACACGUGAAGUAGCUCAACCAAUUUUGGAUGACAAAAAGCAAGAUGAAUUAUUGCUGGAAGAUAUCUGGACUUUACUUCGAGCAGGGAGAUUGGAAGAGGCAUGCGAAUUAUGUCGUUCUGCAGGGCAGCCUUGGAGAGCUGCAAGUCUUUGCCCCUUUGGAGGGUUUGACCAUUUCCCUUCUGUUGAAGCCAUGCACAAAAAUGGUAAGAUGAGAACUUUGCAAGCCUUUGAAUUGGAAAGUGGCAUAGGUCACCAAUGGCGUCUUUGGAGGUGGGCAUCAUAUUGUGCCUCGGAGAAAAUUGCAGAACAGGAUGGUGGAAGGUAUGAGAUGGCUGUCUAUGCUUCACAGUCUAGUAACUUGAGACGUUUGCUGCCUAUCUGUACUGACUGGGAGUCAGCUUGUUGGGCAAUGGCAAAAUCCUGGCUUGAUGUCCAAGUUGACUCUAUAUUAGCUCAGUUUCAACAAGCUAGACUGGAAGGCAAACAAUUUGGCGAAGAUAUAAAUGGGUCUUCCAUGCAAGGAUUAUCUUCUACAGCAAGUUCAGAAAACUGGCCUUGUCAUGUGCUUGAUCAGCAACCACGGGAUCUUCCAGCACUUCUUCAAAAACUUCAUUCAAGUGAAGUUGUACAUGAAGCUGUCUCCAGAGCUUGUGAAGAACAGCAUCGACAAAUUGAGAUGAAUCUCAUGCUGGGAGAUAUGGCACAUCUUCUAGAGCUACUUUGGGCAUGGAUAUCACCUUCAGAAGAUAAUCAGAAUAUCCUGAGGCCUCAUGGUGAUCCUGAAAUGUUACGCUUUGGAGCACAUGUGGUUCUUGUUCUUCGGAAUUUGCUUGAUGAUGACAUGAAGGAUGCUUUCAAGGAGAAGCUUACGACUGUUGGUGAUCUCAUACUUCACAUGUAUGCAAUGUAUUUAUUUUCUAAGCAACAUGAGGAGUUGGUUGGAGUAUAUGCCUCUCAGCUUGCCCGUCACCUUUGUGUUGAUCUCUUUGUCGAAAUGAUGGAGCUCAGACUAAACAGCAGUAUGCAUGUUAAAUACAAGCUCUUCCUUUUGGGUAUGGAGUAUCUACCUUUCUCUUCAGAAGAUGACUCUAAGGCAUGUUUUGAAGACAUCCUAGAAAGGGUGCUCUUGAGAUCACGGGAAACGAAACCUAGCAAGCCUGUUGGAAAAUUGUCUGAUGUUGCGGAAGAGCAUCGUUUGCAAUCUCUUCAGAAAGCUAUGGUUAUUCAGUGGCUCUGUUUCACACCACCUUCUACUAUAAGGGAUGUUGAGGUUAUCAGUGCAAAGCUUCUUAUGAGGGCAUUGAUGCAUAGCAACACACUAUUCAGGGAGUUUGCUCUGAUAUCUAUGUGGAGAGUUCCUAAAAUGCCAAUUGGAGCUCAUAUGUUGCUCAGUUUCUUGGCGGAACCAUUAAAACAGCCUAAUUUUGAUGAAGACGACGCCAGUGAGGAUCUGCAUGAGUUUGAAGACUGGCGUGAGUAUUACGCAUGCGAUGCAACAUAUCGGAAUUGGCUCAAGUUUGAGCUUGAGAAUGCAGCUAUUGCACCUGCUGAACUUUCUUCAGAAGAAAAGGAUAGAGCUGCUGCCACAGCUUUAGAAACACUAGAUUCUUCUCUGUCACUAUUGCUGAGAGAAGGAAACCCAUGGCUGAAUGUUGCUCAUGAUAGAACAUAUGAUCCAACAGAGGAUAUGUAUAUUGAAUUGCAUGCAACUGCAAUGCUCUGUCUGCCUUCUGGUGAGUGCAUGCUCCCAGAUGCGACCUCUUGUACUACAUUGACCAGUGCACUUUACUCCUCCGUCAGUGAAGAUGACGUGUUAAAACGCCAAUUGAGGGUCAAUGUUGCGGUUUCCUCAAGUGACAACUAUCGCAUUGAAGUCGCACUUCACUGCUUGGCAGUGAAUGGUGAUGGGCUUGGACUUCAUGAAGCUAAUGAUGGAGGUCUUCUUGCUACUGUCAUAGCUGCAGGUUUUAAAGGUGAGCUUAAUCGGUUUCAACCUGGAGUUACAAUGGAAAUAUCCCGGCUUGAUGCUUGGUACUCAUCCGAGGAUGGUUCCUUCAGAAGCCCUGCUAAUUACAUAGUGAAGGGGCUUUGCCGAAGAUGUUGCCUGCCAGAGCUCAUUCUCCGAUGUAUGCAGGUGUCAGUUUCUCUUGCUGAAACACGUGAUUUAAAAGAUCACCAUAAUGAAUUAAUUGAAUUAGUUGCCUCCUCCGAGUAUGGGAUUCUGCAUUUGUUUAGUCAACACCAAUUACAGGAAUUUUUAUUGUUUGAAAGGGAAUUUUCACUAUACGGAAUGGAGGUUGAAGAAGAGUCUGUCGUUGACACCUGAUAGGUAGCCCCAUGGUCCUCGUACGUAAUGCUCGAUUUCCUUAGGCACAUUAGUAUCUUGUUGCUUUUGUAUGUCAUCUAUUACAUUUAAUUGGUUUCUUGUCUGUACAUGGGAAUCAUGGGAAUUUCCCGAAUGAUAAAUUAGAUACUUUGAUUAUGCCACAUGUGAGCUGGUAAAUUUGAGCCUGGAGAAUAUCUACUAAUAUUCUUUGCUGGAAAUGGAUUAAUCAUUACUCGUGCAUGGCACUGGAAGCUUUUUUUUGGACAA